CUGGAGGAGUGGGAGGAGGUCCUACCAUCACCCCCCAUGCUCUCUGACAGUCUGAGCUCCAAGACAAACCUGACUAGUGGCGGAGUUUCAUCACCGGACUUUUUAACUUCGCAGCGGAUUAUAACGGGACUAAUUUCGCUCGAGCCGCCUGCGUUUCUCUAUUUCCGGCAGUAUAGGAGUGUUGUUUUUUUUUUUUGUUUGGAUUAAUUUUAAGGAAGCUGAUUGUUCAUUGCACGGUAGCUGGAGUAGACGGAGGAAAACGUAUACAUUCAGCGUGAGGAGACCUUGGCUACAAUCCACGACCCCCUCCCCCUCUUUCCCCUCCUCUCCUCUUCGACUGGCACAGAGAAGAGUGUGAGAGACCGAGCGAGAGAACGUGGGAAAGAGGAAGACGAUGUACCAAACGCUGCUUCUGUCCUCCUCCCUCCUCAUCCUUCACGUGAUGGGCACGCCACAGUUCUUCGCUCACCACGGGAGGAGGGUGUGCGGGCAAGACCUCCGUCACAGCGUUUCCGUGGCAACAGAGUCAUACGUUCAGCCGGUGCACAAGCCCUACAUCACCCUGUGUCAGGGGCAUCGCCUCUGCAGCACAUACAAGACUGUGUACUCUGUGGCGUACCGUCAGGUGAGCAGAGCGGCGCCUCCUUCGCAGUUCUACUCAGAGUGCUGUCCGGGCUGGCGGAGGUUCCACUCUCACAACUGCAAUCAAGCUGUGUGUGGACAACCCUGUGUGAACGGAGGUACCUGCUUAAGACCAAACCAGUGUGCAUGUCCACUAGGCUGGACAGGACACCAGUGCCAAACAGAUGUGGACGAGUGUAGCGAGCAGCUGCCAUGCGCCCAGGAGUGUGUGAACACCGCUGGCAGCUAUCGAUGUGCGUGCAGAGACGGCUUCAGGCUUGCCGGAGAUGGCCGUUCCUGUCAAGGCCUUCCUCCUCCUCCGCCUCCUCCUCCUCCUCCCACCCAGACCAGCCAGGCAACAGUGGGUGGUCACACCGAUGCGGGUGGAGGGUUCAGCCAGACGGAGAAUGUGACGGAGGAGGUGCAGAGCCUGAGGAACAGAGUGGAGCUCCUGGAAAAGAAGCUACAGUUGGUGUUGGCCCCCUUCAGCAGCUUCUUCCCGCUGUCGCUGGACGAGGGCUGGUCAGACAAAACCACCUUACUGUCCCACUCCUUCCAGCAACUGGACCGCAUCGACUCCCUCAGCGAGCAGAUCGGCUUUCUGGAGGAGCGCAUCGGCACAUGUUCAUGCCAGGAGAAUUAGCAACCAAACACGAGCCACAGCAUUUCCAAACAUCUCCCAUGAAGUUAAAACACAACCACGUCAGAGAUCGUACGCACCAACGUGGCUGCUAUGUGAAAGAAAGGGCGCGGCAGAAAGCAGA